CUAACUUACUAUUUAUUGAGCGUCGAACGGCUGUAUCCUUCCUGGGCUUCUAUGGAGACUUCAUUUCUUUGCCCAUUAAGAAAUCUGAUAAAAAGAGAUAUGAUAAUGAAGGGUUAAAAUGUUCAAAUCCUCCGAGGUUGUUCCGGGUGCCUUUUCGGAUGGAUGGAAGAAAUAACCUAAUCUAUAUGGAACUGUGACAUUUGUAAUUGUUUUGAACAAUUACUUUAAGUUUUACUGAUCAACUUAAUUUUGCAAGAGGCUUUUUAAGCAUGGCUUCUCGGGGAAAGGUUGAAACGGAAAAGCUCCGUAAAAAUUUAGAGGAACAGUUGGACAGACUUGUCGAGCAACUAGAAGAUCUUGAAGAAUGCAGGAAUGAAUUAGAUUUAGCUGAAUACGAAGAGACGAAAAAUGAGACCAUGGAACAAUUGAAAGAAUUCAAUGAAAGCCUUCAACGAAUGAUAUCUGGAGAUGUAACACUAAUCGAUCAUCUUGGAGCAAUGCAAUUGGCAACUCAAGCAGCCAUUAGUGCAGCUUUCAAAACACCUGCAGUAAUCAGGAUGUUUGGCAAACGUGAACCUAAUCUGUUACGGGAACGUUUAUCUCAAGUGAACCGUGAUUUGAAGCUUGGUAAAUUAGAUAAAGAUAUAGGUCAAAGACAACGGGGUGAGAUCCUUAGUGCUUUAAAGCAACUUGGUGAAAAUCUAGAACCUGCAGAAUUACAAUUGAUAGAACAAUUAUCUGUAAAAGGUUUAAAUAGUUCUAGUUUUGUUAAGGUAAAUGAAAAUUCAGAAAAAGGCCAAAUGGCUUUAGUAAUGGCAAGUAUGGAAGUCCGAGCUAACCAAGAAACCUAAGAUUAAGGUUAUUGUUACUGUUUAUGUAAGCUUCUAGAAGAACUUGCACUUAUUAAAUUAUUCUACUAAAACUAUGUACAAAUGAUUUCUACUUUUAUUACAAUGUGAGCUAUAUACUAGGUAUAUUAUUUAAUAUAUGUAAAACUUAUUUAUUCUUAUGUGGAUGUGCUUGUUUAUCGAAGAUCAUUGUUGUAUAAAACACAUGAGAACUAAACACAAAUGUUGACAGCAUCUCAAAUAUUGUACAAUUUUGUAAACUAUCUAGAGUAAGUAUGCAUCCUAGAAACUCAAUGAGCCCAAUAAAAGAUACUAAAGAUUCUUUACUUAAUGUAUAUUAUAUUCGUUUUAAAAUUUAUAUUCGCUGAUUCACGUUAAUAGAAAUAUUUAACCAACAAUUUAUAGAAUAUAAAUGUAUAACCACAUAUUCAUCUGCUACCCUUAUUUAAAUACGAAAAGUAUAGGUAGCCAAGAAGAUUCCAUCAUAGCAUAAUUGAAUAGCACUAGAAUUGUAUGGAAAUUUAAUUUAAUUACGAAAUAUGAAACUGGUAUGUUACAUCAACAGAAAAUAACAUCAAUGCAUUAAAUUGAAAUGUUCAAAAAUACGUAUUCCUUUAUUCUUAGGACUGGUAAAAUUAGAUAAAUGAGCACAAACCACGUACUAGCCUAGUGUGUAAUAAUUUACAUCUUUAAUAUGUGCAGUUUUUGCACAUCUUAUGACACCUUUUGAACUAUUUUUAUUUUACAAUAUUCCAUAAUACUUACAAACUACAUUUUAUAACAAGGCUGAUUCUCUGUUGACAUUUUGAGGUAAAUAAAUUUAAUUCAUCAACAAGUAUUAAAUGGAUGCAAAAGUUUUUAAGCGAGAAUUUAGAGUUUUACAUAAUGGUCAAUUUGAAUCGGCUAUACAUUGUAAAAUUACUGUAAAUAUAGUGCUAAUAAAUUGAGAUGCGUCGUAA